UACGUAAUUUACGAAUUGGAAGAUUAUUGCAAGCGAGCGAAACCAGAGGAGAGGGCCAUUUUUCAUCGAUAUGUUGACAGUUGUAAAUCGAUAUAUAUAGGCUCAAUAUGCGCCUUCACCGUUACCGGCUUGUUGCUCAUCAUCAGUCCUGUAGUAGAACCCCAUCCUUUUCCCAUCGACAUAGAAUAUCCAUUUUCCGUGGACUAUCAACCUUUAAAAAUUAUAAUUUAUCUACAUCACAUAUUACUCAUAUAUCAAAGUUACACGCAGGUAUGCGCAAAUAUUUUUAUCGCACUUCUGUUGUGGUUCGUGUCAGCGAGAUGUGAUAUCUUAUCAAGUAGAUUCCGAGCCGUCACGAAAUUUACCGAGUUGCGUGCAUGUAUAGAAGAACAUCAAGAGUUACUAUGGUAUGGAAGAAAGGUUACCCUUUCUAUUCGAUAUGUAAUGUUAGCGUCGUUAGCCAUCAGUACGAUAGUUAUUAUUUUUACUGGUUGCACUUUUCUUAGCCGACAACCAAUGUCAGUAAAAUCUACGUUCUUAAUCUUCUUUAUUUCAUCUCUCGCAAAAGUAUAUUUGUGUGCGUGGCCAGCUGACCAUCUGCUAAGUGCAAGCUCUAAUGUUGCACACGCAGCGUAUGAUUCGAUGUGGUAUAACGGGAAAGUUGAUUUUCAAAAGAACUUUUUACACACUUUAUUGCGUGCCCAACAACCUAUAGCUGUAAAUGUACCUUGCAUGUUACCGACUGUUUCGUUAAAUUAUUAUGCCUCAUACGUCUCAACUGCCUUCUCCUAUCUGGCUACUUUUCGAAUUAUACUUGACGAAAGCGAUGAGGACUAAAAUUGACUGGUGCAGUAUUAUGGUGAUGAUACAU